CAGGUGAGAGACUGCAGAGCAGUGGCGUUGGCCUGCGAUACCUGCCCUCGGCUUCGGCGACGGUACGCUGGUGAGGGUUUUUUGGUCUUUCUCUUCUUAAAAGCGCGUUUGCCUCCGUCAACGUCGAAUCGUUCGCGCAGUUCUCAAGCGGCGACAAUGAAGCCCUUACUCCUGUUGCUGAGUGCGGCAUUCGCCAACGCUUCCUAUAACCGAUCCGCUGCAACGAAUUGUGUGCCAGUGGACGGCAACAUAUAUGAAUACAAACUCCAGGAUGUCCUCGGCGAAGAAACAAUCAAUCUCGCCUCCUUCCGGAACAAAGUCGUCCUCGUUGUCAAUGUGGCGACUUACUGAGGGUACACCUAUCAAUACCCUGCCUUGAAUGCGCUCCAUCAGAACUAUGUUUCCCAGAACUUUUCUCUCUUAGCUAUCCCCAGUAAUCAGUUUGGUCUCCAAGAACCUGGUAAUAAACAUGAAAUUCUAAAUGGACUAGAAUUCGUACGUCCCGGGAACGGUUUCAAGCCGUCGUUCCCGAUGACCACGAAAGUCGACGUGAACGGCGACACUGGACAUGAGCUGUAUCAAUACCUCAAAACAGCCUGUCCAGAAUCCCCUCAGAAAGGCUUCAGCAAAAAGCAUCGCUUGAACUACGACACCUUCCAUUCGUCGGAUAUUCGGUGGAAUUUCGAGAAGAUCUUAGUCGGGCGGAACGGAAAACCAAUCAAGAGGUAUCAUGCGUCCGUCGAUCCUUCAGAGCUUCUACCGGAUGUCGAAGCGGCUUUGAAAGCAUAAGCUAAAGGAAUGUAUUCUCGUUUCCUGACUGUGAUGACUGGCUUCGUGUGAAUGAAAAGCGUUUCAUAAAUUGUGACCCAAGGGAAACGUUUGGAUGCCCGGUUUCUCGAUUUCGGUACUCGGACUCUUUGCGCAUUCAGGGUCCAGGGUGCCAUCGAGAUCAUCGGCGUAGCGACUGCCACGAAUCGCUUUGAAUAAACAUGCUUUGUAUAUGACAAUCUAAUCGAAUAA